GAUUAUUCCGAUCUGAUCACCACGCAGCUGUCGUUAUUUUAAUGUUGAACACUCAGACAAGAGUGCCAUGGAUGUGAAGGAAAGGAAACCGUACCGAUCUCUGACGAGGCGCCGCGACACGGAGCGCCGCUACACCAGCUCCUCAGCGGAGAGCGAGGACAGCAAGGCGCCCCAGAAGUCCUACAGCUCCAGCGAGACCCUGAAGGCUUAUGACCAAGACUCCAGGUUGACCUACAGCAACCGCGUCAAAGACAUGGUGCACCAGGAGGCCGAUGAAUUCUGCCGAACAGGAGCCAACUUCUCCUUGCGAGAGCUGGGCCUCGAAGACGUGACGCCCACGCACGGGACUUUGUACCGCACCGACCUGGGGCUGCCCCACUGCGGCUACUCCAUGAGCGCCGGCUCGGACGCCGACACCGAGGCCGACGUGGUCAUGUCGCCCGAGCAGCCCGUGAGGCUCUGGGGACGCAGCACCAAGUCCGGCCGCAGCUCCUGCCUCUCCAGCCGGGCCAACUCCAACCUCACGCUCACCGACACGGAGCACGAGAACACUGAAACUGGUGAGUG